UAUUCCUUAAACGUCUGUCUAUCAAUAUACACACAUACACAUCAAUAAUGUACUUAGUAUAUUGGGUUUGGCUAAUUUGGGACCUUCGCUGAUUAUUGAUAAUGUUGACAAACUUGGUGAUCAGAGCAUGUGUCCCGCUCAUGGUUGUGAUUUGCUUGCCUACUACUAUUAUUACUAUUAUUAUUAUUAUUGCUGUUAUGUUUCCCAGCCACGUAACAAGUAACAACUCUAUUAACUAGUUUACUACAUACAACAUUCUCACGAGUUGUUUUUCCAAUUAACAUCAGAUAUAAAUACAACCAUCGGCUUAUAUAUAUAUAUAUAUAUAUAUGUAUGUAUGUAUGUAUGUAUAUUGUGGCCAGAAUAUUAAAAGAAAUUUCAAAAGAACAGUAAAAAGAUUUUUUUUUAAAUAUGGAAAAACAGCCGUUUUUCUUCAGAACUGGCCACGCAGCCUAGUCUACAGAUUUUAAAAGAUUAGUUAUUCCUGCCUGAUAUAAUUGUAAUUAUAGUCUUGACAGCUGAUGCAUAUACAGAUUACGUGUGUAGUAUUUCUCUCAGACAAGUGCAAUUCUUCAUCAACAACAUUAAACUGGUAUGUUCAAUCAGUAAUCAACGGCCAAGAACUAUAACAUCAACAAUUUACCAAGCUUAAGUUAGUAAAAGAAAAAGAGAGAGAGAGAGAGAGAAAGGAAGAAAGAGUAAUUGAUUGAGAGAGAGAGAGGAGACAGUGGAGUAUUUAGUGUUGAUAUUAUUUACAUAUUUUCACUUUACAUAACAACACAGGAUCGUUAUCGGAUCUUAAUUAUUUUACACGCAGCUUUCACUCUAGUGAUUUUUUUUUUGCUCGUUAGAUUAAACUGAAAAAAAAAAAAAAAAGCGCGCGCGUGUCUAAAAGCAUUCCAUGAAUGUACCAGAUGUUUUAGCUCAAUAUGUACCUGGGCUUGUUCUUCACCUUGGACUUCAUCUUUAAUGUCUUAAAAAUAGGAUUUUAAAUGAACAAUAUGGAUAAACAAAAGGAACCAUACUGAUCCUCCAUACUUAUUACAAUGAGGACAUCUCGAAGUUUUAAGUUCCUUUAUCGUCGUAUUUUUGAAGCUACAGAGCACCAAAUAGACAUGUAGAGACACUCUGCUUUAAAAACACUCUUUAAGCUCAUGUGAGCGGCGUACUGACGGGGAGAAUGAAUUCUGAACCAGGACAGAGGAAUGCUGUCACCUAUGGUUCUGGAUCCAAUAACCUUCAGUUUGGAGGAUUAACACAUUUGCCGAUCACGUUAAAGACUCCUGUACUUCACACUGGAAUUGUAACCGGAAAUGGUGCUUUCCCAGUUGGAAUUCAGAGUCUUGAUCGUGGAAUCUCUUCUAUAGUUAAUGUGCCGAAUGAGCUCCCAGCUGGCUACAUGUCUGCUGCUACCGUCCCCAUUGGAAGCAUGCCAACACAGUUCAGCAGUUUACAAGGGACUUCUGAGGCACCGAACAAUUGUUCCAUUGAUAAACUUUCCAUCAACUAUAAGAGUCUGCUGGACAGUAUUAUGCAAUCCCAAGGCGCUGCUGCUGCUGCUGCUGCUGCUGCUGCUACGUUGCCUAACUUUGAUCAUUUUUUGACACAAUUUAACCAGCAGCAACAGCAGCACCAUUCCCCUCAUAGUCAGCUGACCAGAGCAUCACUGAACCACAAUGCCUUUCUUCAGGCUACAAGUUUGGAACUUCCUGCCAACCUGAUGGCCUGCGUACAAGCACCAACCCCACAAAUUAAUCCUGGAAAGCUUAGUAAAGAGGAGGAAAACAAUGUGGCCGAAGGUGAUAAUGCUCUGUUUAAUGGUCAGAGCCAUCUUCCAGAAAUACAAGAACUCGGAGACUCUGUAUCGAACAGUUUUACUCUGCCUUCUCGGAAUCUGCCAUCAACUCCGUCUGUGGUUGCUGGUUCACUAGUCAGCCAGUUGUUGUCCAAGAACACCAACGCCAACACCAUGGGCAACAAUAGCAUCAAUAACGCCGAAGUGGUGGCCAGCUGUAAUCACACUACCAUCACCACCACAACAAUUACUACAACAACAAGCAGUAAUUUUGGAUCGUUAAUGCCUGCCCAUGUACAUUCACAGGUGGCUAUUCCAACUGUCACGAUGCUGACCACAAAAUAUCCUCAACCUGUAAAACCAAAUAAUAGCAACUCACAACAGACCCCUUCUUCACACCAAAUGAACAGUCGGUGUACUCAAAAGUCUGCGUCAGCCACUGAUACAGUAGAACCACCCCUAACAUCAGAGUUGCCAUUCUAUCCAAAGAAACUUUCCUUUUGUAGUGUUAUUACACCUUUAGGCUGGAAGCGAGUAAUAGAAGAAGGAGUUAUUAUAUAUUACAGUCCCAGUAACACACGUUUAUCAUCUGUCCAACAAGUCCAGGAUUACCUGUCAACAGAAGGGACGUGUAAAUGUGGUCUGCAAUGUCCUGUUCUUGUAGACAAAGUGUUUAAUUUUGAUGUUAGUGUUGUGUCUCGCCAGUGGACUGUCAAUGAUGUGAACUGCGCUGAGGAUCUUACCAAGCUGUGCAAUCAUAAACGGAAGAUAAUUGCCAUGGCAACAUUUCAGAGUAGUCAGGAGAGUAUUCCAAAUUUUGGUAAAAAAAACUUGUCUGAUACAAAUGUAAUAUCUGGUUCAACUGAUACAGAGCUUUCUUCGGGAAACUGUAACAACAGUAACAAAAACAAAAAUACCAAACCUCGCAAGAGAUCAAAGAGUAAAAGUCACCCCAGUCCAUAUGAUGGAAUAUUAGUGUCUCAACUCUUAGCUGAACGAGACCAACUUAAACUGGCAUCGUCUUUAAACUCAACUGUAUUAGCUAAUAAAACUGCUGGUGUUAACAAUAUUACUUCUCAGUCAUCAACUCCACAACAACCACCUUCUAAUCACAAUUCUGAAACUGCUCAGCCAACUUCACCUCCAGCUGACAUCAUUAAAUCUCCUGUUUUUAUUACGUUACAACAGAACACUAGUGAACAACAGAACGGUAGUGAGCAACAGCCUCUGUUACAGACUGAUGCACUAAAAGAGACAUGUAAAAAACUGUUUAUGUCAGUCGAUCAAACUGAUGAAGUAGGUUCUCUCAACUGCCAUGGUUCAAGUAAAUUAGACUUUAGUCCAGAUCAUACGCAUCCAAAUAACAUUCAAAGUCCAGUUCUUAAUCUUCAAAGUCAGUCAGCAUUUGCUGCAUUAGGCAUUCAGCCCAGUCCCCUCACUAUCCAAACUGUCUUUCCAUCUGAUCAGUUUAAGAACCAACUGUUUCUACAACCAUCUCCUCUUACACCUCUAACUGCUGGACAUCCUGCUUUUACUCCAUAUCAGAACCAAGCUGGAGCAGCUGCCGCCGCUGCUGCUGCUGCUCUCAACUUCCAACUGUCUGGAAAUACAGUUCUCACCACUCCUGCUGGCUUCUAUCCUCAGCUCAAUCAGACCAAUUCCAUGCUAUUCCACAUGCAGACAAUUGGAAACCAAAAGUUUGCAUCCCCUUUAAUAACACAAAAUUCUUUGCAAGAUGGUAUUUAUACAGGCAAUAUCUUGAGUCAGUUGUAUUCUCCAGUUAGUGACACGGUAGCAUCAGAAACUGUUAAGAACGGUAAGGUAAAAAGAAUGCGUUCUAAAAGAGAAAAGAGAAAAUACAAUAGUAUAUCAGAACAUAAGGGCACAUGUAACAAAAAACACAAACUGCUUUCUCAAGCAAGUCCUCCUAGCAAAUAUAUACCGGCUUCAUUUAUCGACAAUCCUGUUGGCUACCUUGCUCAACAGACUGAAAUCGUAAAUGGCUCUAUUGCUUCAUCUGCAAGAACGGAACAGUUGGUAGAGCCUGCUCAGGAAGUUCUGGGAUCACCACAUAAACAAGGAAUAACUAACUGGAAAGAACCAAACGGUAACAUAUGGGUUCACACUGAGCAACAAUCUCCUACUUCUGUUUUCAACUCUUCUUCACUUCCUCAGAAUUCAUCAACCAGUUCAUGUAAAGCCGUUCUACAAAAAACUUCCAAAUCAUCUUCUUCACCUUCUGCUGAUCAUCCAAAAGUAUUAUCACCAAGGGAAAAAGUAUCUCUAUCUUCACCUAAUUCAAAUGAAAAAUCUGAAAUUCUUACUAAAUCUCCUGACACUGUUAAAAACAACUCGUUGUUAAAUGCUUCUUUGCUGAACUCCUCUGGUGCAGUGAUUAAUGCAUGUUCUACAUCGAGUUCAGUGCCAGGAACUGACAGUUCUUUAGCCAUGUCAUCUGCAACCACUAAAAGUCCUUCGAAAUCAAAAAUCAGUUCUGGCUCUGGGAAAUCUAGUUCAUCUCAUCAGAAUCAUGUGAGUGCAGCAACAACAACACAAAAUGCUAACAAAAAGUUAAAACAUGUACACAAGUCAAGAACGCGCCCAAACAUUCUGUCUAAAGCAACAACAACAACAUCAGCAUCAGUACCAACAACUGCUGCAAACCCAACAAAUAGCACUUGUCAAACAUUAGCACAAUUUACAAUCAGUCCAAACAUCAAUUCUACAUCAAGUAUAUCACCUAACUGCUUACAACAAAUUCUAAAUCACAGCGGGGAAUUCCCUGCAAGUAAUCUUUUAUCAGCUGCUGCACGGGCCCAGCUAUCACGACCUCCUGCUCCAUCCAUCAAUGUACUUUUGGGGCAGCAGAUUAUAGGAUCACCUCAGAUUAAUCAGCCCUUGCAAUUAAAUGUCAACCUUUCUCCUACAUCUACUAAUUACACUAUGCCAUCCAGCAUUUCAACAACUUCUGCCUCAAAACUGCCCUGUGCAAUAGGAACUUGUUUUGGCCUUACUCCUGGACAGAAUACACCCUUAUUGUUUCAACAGGCUGGAACGUCUGCUAAUAAUGGAAUUACCGGUGGCACUGGACUUUCACACAAUCUCACUGCUGCUGCAGCUGCCUUGACCAAUUUGCAGCAGAACUCCAUCUCAAGUGUGAUUGGUCAGUCAACAUCUACAUCUGCUGCACCAUCCCCUGGUACUUUUACUGGUACAUUUCAGACGAUGCUUUCAUCUCCAAAUCACAAAGUAACAAUACCAACAGUGACCAGCAAUCGUAAGGACAGCACUGCACAGACUGUGCCAUUGCCAACAUCAGAUAACACCACAGUGAAGCAAGGAGAAUGCCAACAAAGAAAUAAAAAUUGUUCAAAAGAAAACAGUCCUAAUUUCACCAAAGUAGCAAUAGAAGACCUGCCUGAGAAAUUGUUAUCUAGUUUAGAUAAUAACGUCUUACCAAAUAUGGCUCAGUGCAUCAAUCCCCAAUUGACAAACCUCGGAGUUAAUCUCAUGAACAAUCAAUUUCCUUUUGUUGCUAUGAAUGCACCGAUGCCACCUAUGUCCUUACCUAUGGUAUCAGCUGUAACCAACACCCUAACUCAUCUGAUUCCUGCUGUUGGUAUCUCACAAACAUCUCUAAACCAUUCUCCCAUAAUGCAAGUUGUUGGAACCUUAGGUAACCAAUCUGGUGCCAACCCACUUCUGAUAGCCAGUCCUCUGCCUGUAAAUGGCUCCAGUCAUCAACAAAUAGGAAUGCUUCAUUCCCAGCUCUCUGACAAUCUGACCCCAGAUUCCAGUAGCCAGCCCCAGAAACUAUUGACAAGUCCACAGGUGCCAACUAGUACAACAGCUUGCAUUGUUUCAAACAUCAAAGAGAAUUCUUCUAACAUGUGCCAGUCCGCGUGCAUUGCUGACCCUGUUUCUCCUAUACAAAAUAAAUCUGCACCACAGAAGGCCUACUCAGACAGUGCACUUUCUUGUGCAACCAACUGCCCCAUCCACACAAAAUUAUCCAAUUGCAACAGAACACCAACUGUAGAUAAAACAAGUCCAACUGUUGCAAACAACUUAUCUCAGUUUUCAACAGCUCAAUUUGUUGUUGUCCCCAACAUGCAGAUGCCUUUGUUACAAAUCCUCGGUACAGGAAUACCUGCUGAGUACAAUAAAAUCAAUUUCUCAGCAACUCCAUUCUUAAACCCUGCCAUGGACCUACCGACACUAUUAAGUCCUAAUCAUGGCAACAGUUUUGAGAACAGCAGCAAUAUAUAUAGUUUAUCAGCAAACUGGGGGGGUUUAGGAAACACCAAUAUGUCGGUGCCACUUCAAGCCGUUCACCUACAACAGCAGCUGCUUCACAUGAGUCAGUUGAACCAAACUAUACAGGGGGAAUCCACUUUCUACUUGGAUAAAGCAACAGCUGACACACUUACCAACUCUGACACAUCAGAUAACUUUGAAGAGGUUUGCUCUUUAGUUAGCCCCUGUUUGCAAGAAACUGUUGAUACCAAUGGUGCUGGUAAAUUGGUAUGUUUGAGGAAAGUAGAAGAUUCUUUAGAUGCUGUUACUCCAGAUUAUAGCAGUAUAGAUGUCUCGGGAGGACACAGAAACGAAUUAUCCACAACAUUAAAGCCGUCCAUGGCUCAUCAAAAAGAGCUGACUGAUACAGCAUCAGUUCCAAAUGACAUCUCAGAAGAUGCGCCAACACCCAGCUCUUCACUUUCUGAAGCAUCUUUAUCAUGUGGCCUUGAUAGAAGUUUCCCUGUUAGUAUACAGGAGAGGGGAAGCAAGUCUCCAUCUCCUGUUUCUUUGCCCUAUGAUAAUAGCUAUCAAUCCACUAAACAUUCAUCAGAUAUGCAAGUGCUCUCUUCUACCCUCUGCUCUUGGAGCAAUCAUAUUUCUGAAAGUGGAACUAAUAACUGUGUUAGUCAGAUGCAGGAACCUUCUCAAAUAACCUUGUUACAAUCUUCUGCAGUGGAUGGUGCUGUUGUUGAAAUGUCAGACAAAAAACAAACUCCACAUCAUGGUGUGCAAUCUAAGAACAUUGAAAUAUCUGACCAAAUCGCCAACAGCGAAAUCAGGUUUGUACCUACAGACUGCCAAGAAUCCAAUGAAAAUAAAAAUUUGGAUGAUUUAAUAAAAAAUGGCCCCUCUCAUGUAUUUAUGAAGAAUUUUUCCUCAACAGAAGAGGAGGAUGACCAAACAACCUGCAGUUAUUCAGAAGAUUCUCUUUCUAACCGUUCCCCUGAAAAUAGCCAGGCUGCAACUCAAAGCUCAGAUGAACCUCCGCUUAACAAAUUGAAUUCUUACAACAAUUCUUCAACUCUUAACAAUAACCAAGAGUCAGAGAAUUGUUUACAGAAAUCUAAAUUGGAUGAUGAAAAAACCAUCGAUGACUUUUGUUUUGAUAAAGUCAGCAGUUCUAACGAUGCAGUAGUUAAGUCUCCACCAGAAAAUCAGAUUUCAUGUUCUUUGGAAACUGAAAACAAAGUGUUAACUGCUGCUGUUGCUGCUGACAACUACAAACAGAAAGCCAUCAAUGAGUUUUUCUCAACAACAAAACCCAAUUUAGCAACUCAUCAAACAGAUACUAUAGUUCGCCGAGGAAUGAAACGGCUUAGAGAACACUGUAGAAAUCACAUAUUUGAUGAUGAUGAGGAUUCUAUGGAAGAGCCUAUGAUGCCAACAUAUCCAAGAAUUUUCAACACUGGAGAUUUGGUAUGGGGUCAGAUCAGAGGCUUUCCGUCGUGGCCUGGUAAACUCAUUAACAUUAGUGAGGUGAAGGGAAAUCAGAAACCUGAAGCUGGUAAGCUUUGGGUGGAAUGGUUUGGUGAUCAUACUUUUACUCAGGUUGAACCAGAAAAACUGAAGACUUUGUCAGAAGGUUUAGAAGCACAUCACCGUGCACGGAAAAAAUAUAGAAAAGGGAGGAAAAUGAACUCUCAUUUAGAAGCUGCUAUUCAGGAAGCAAUGAUGGAAUUGGAUCAUCAAAAUGUUUCUGAAGCAGAUGGGAAAAACUUUCCAGUUAAUAAAGGAAGAGCAGUGAAGAAACGGAAAACUCGGUGAUGUUGAAUUGCAAAUUACAGCACUACUGUGAUAAAAAUGCUUAUCAGAAGCAGGAGCUACACCCCUGGUGGCUAUUUUCGUUGUUUGUUUUUGUUUUUUUUUUCCAUCUUUAUAUAUUUUUUUGUAAAUGUGAGCAAGGCCCCCUCACACUGUAUAGACUUGGUUAUAAGCAAAUACAGGGGGUUAAAUAAAAAAUAAAAAUGAAAAAAAAAAAAAGAAAAGAUGGUGUGGAAAACCAUUUGAAACUUUUAUGGUAAAAGAAGUGACUGUGAACAAUGGUAUAGUUCUUUUAUUUAGCAUUAUUAUUCUACCGAAAGGCCACAUGUUUACAAAAAAAAAAUAUAUUAUUAAAAAAAAGUAAAGAUCUAUUGUUAUUAUAGAGAUGAACUCAGUUCUGUGUACUGGAUCAUAA